ACCGACCCGCAUUUACAGCUCAGGUUAGCUUCCUCCAACAACCCUUUUUGGCGGAGCUUUCAAUCUCUCAACACCCUCGUUUUCAUCGACACCUCCCUUAUUUCCUUCUUCAAAUCCCCACUUUUUCCAAUUUCCCCCUACUCUCCCUCUCUCUGUUCCACUUCUUUCUCUCUCUUCUGCAUUUCGAAGGCAUUUGAUCCCAAAAUGGACUCCGCAUUGACCUUUUGCAGCAAAUCUGUUUACUCACCUUCACCUCCCGGUUUAUUUGUGGAAAGGGUUCGAGGGAUUAGGAGCUCCAGUUGUAGUUUUAUGUUGGGAAGUAGGGUAAACUUCCCUCGGCAGAGAGCUUGGGCUUCUCAAGUUAGUCACAAAUAUGGGAAACGUGGGGGAGCCCUCAAUGUUACAUGUCGUGCUGAGAAGAUUCUGGUGGCAAACAGAGGAGAAAUUGCUGUUCGUGUGAUUCGAACUGCUCAUGAGAUGGGAAUACCUUGUGUUGCAGUUUACUCAACCAUAGAUAAGGAUGCACUUCAUGUCAAACUGGCUGACGAGGCAGUUUGCAUCGGUGAAGCACCGAGUAGUCAGUCGUAUUUACUGAUCCCAAAUGUCCUGUCUGCUGCUAUUAGCCGUAAAUGUACAAUGCUGCAUCCUGGUUAUGGUUUCCUUGCCGAGAAUGCAGUUUUUGUUGAAAUGUGCAGAGAACAUGGAAUCAACUUUAUUGGACCGAAUCCUGACAGUAUUCGUGUAAUGGGUGACAAAGCAACUGCAAGAGAUACGAUGAAGAAAGCUGGUGUUCCAACUGUACCAGGAAGUGAUGGAUUGCUGCAGAGCACUGAAGAAGGAGUUAGGCUUGCUGGUGAGAUCGGUUUUCCUGUGAUGAUCAAGGCAACAGCAGGUGGUGGAGGCCGUGGAAUGCGUCUUGCUAAAGAACCUGACGAAUUUGUGAAGUUGUUACAGCAAGCUAAGAGUGAGGCUGCAGCUGCAUUUGGAAAUGAUGGUGUCUAUUUGGAGAAGUACAUACAGAAUCCGAGGCACAUUGAGUUCCAGGUUCUUGCUGACAAGUUUGGUAAUGUUGUUCACUUUGGAGAGCGUGAUUGCAGUAUUCAGAGAAGGAAUCAGAAGCUGCUGGAAGAAGCUCCCUCCCCUGCUUUAACCCCCGAGUUGCGGAAAGCGAUGGGUGAUGCCGCAGUUGCAGCAGCAGCAUCUAUAGGUUACAUUGGUGUGGGUACUGUUGAGUUCCUUUUGGAUGAAAGAGGUUCCUUUUACUUCAUGGAGAUGAACACCCGGAUCCAGGUUGAGCAUCCUGUGACAGAAAUGAUUUCCUCCGUUGACCUGAUUGAAGAACAGAUCAGUGUAGCUAUGGGAGAGAAACUCCGCUACAAACAGGAGGAUAUUGUGCUUAGAGGACAUUCAAUUGAAUGCCGUAUUAAUGCUGAAGAUGCUUUUAAAAAUUUCAGACCCGGGCCAGGAAGAAUAACAGCGUAUCUACCAUCUGGAGGUCCAUUUGUGAGAAUGGAUAGCCAUGUUUAUCCUGAUUACGUUGUCCCACCAAGCUAUGACUCCCUACUUGGAAAGCUUAUUGUAUGGGCACCAACAAGGGAGAGGGCAAUUGAACGUAUGAAAAGGGCUCUCAACGACACUAUUAUUACAGGGGUUCCAACAACAAUCGAAUACCAUAAACUUAUCCUCGAAGUUGAGGACUUCAAAAAUGGAAAAGUUGAUACUGCUUUCAUUCCAAAGCAUGAACAAGAGUUAGCUGCGCCCCAAAAGAUGGUAGUAGCAACUCCUGCUAAAGAGCUGACCAACGCUGCUGCUUAGAGGGAUUUGAACUGGUUUUUGAUUGGGCAGCUGCUCUCGGCUCUGUCGGCAGAUACAAUUUUUCACUAAUGAAUAUGUUAGCUUGGUCUCUGCAUAUUUUGUUCUUCCAUGUUUUUGAAUUACAAGGAACAAUUAAAAUCCUUCUUUCUAAUGGCUGCAGUACGAGUUUCAAUCUCUGUUGAUGAAUGUAUUUUUUUUCGUUUCUUUUUUGUUUUAAUGAUAUAGCAAUUAAUAGUUGAUAAAAA